AUGGACAAAACCACCAGCGUAAUCAGCAGCGCCUCGAUCAACUCCACCGUAACCUCAACGACUUCCAUGGAGAAGAUCAACCAGGCCGCGAGCUGCGUCAGCGCCUCCUUCAUCUCCGCUUUCUUCGCCUCCCUCGAGCGCUGCGCCUGCGUCAACCUCUCCACCUCCCAUGACGACGAAGACGACGACGGCGAGGAAUCCUACCACCGUCCCCUUGCUCUCUCCGCCGCGCCUCAUUCACACGACACCGUUUAAGCUCCGUUUUGAUCUCUCUGGGUAAUUGAAGAUCCUCUCGUGUUUUUUUUUUUUUUUGCUUCGUGUGUGUGUGUCUCGCAGCUCCCUGGGUUGAAUUCGUAUGUCUGCAUUGUGUGUAAUGUAAUGGCUUAUGGAAAGCUCAGACCUUUUGGAUUGUAAAUGUCAGACGUUGGUUCUGUGUUGUUUCUUCUGUUAUGAUUCUCGAAUGCUUUAUCUAUCUCUGUGUACCUGAUGAUCUUACUUGGGUUUGAAUGAAUACUUAUGUUUGAUGUUUUGAUUUAAAAAAAUGCUGUAAAGUUCCUUUA